GUGCGACCGUACACGGUGCGAAAGGGCGACACGCUGGAGUCGAUCGCGUCCAAGCGGUCGAUGAGCGCGGGCGAGGUGAAGAAGUAUAACAAGAGUUUGCGGGGCGAGGGGCUGGCGCCGGGGACGACGAUUUUACUCCCGGCGAAUCGCGUGAGCAAACGUGAUCAAGAGAUCAUCGAUGGGAUACGAGGAGUGAAUGAACCGCGAGUGUAUCCGUGCCGGGGAGGGGAGUCGCUGAACGAUAUCAUCGAGCCGAGAAAGAUCUCAAAGGCGGAGGUGGAGCGGUUAAAUCCGAAACUCGGCGCGCUGAAAGCGGGAACGAAGGUGCUGUUGCCGCCGGGAAAGUACACGGUGCGGGAGAAGGAGAUGCUGCAGGGGUGUGGUAUUUUACCCGCGGAGACGCUGAACCCGUUGGCGGUUUUAGGGACGCCCGUGGCAAGAAACGCGCUCGGGGCCAUGAUCGGUUUGGGCGCGUACGCGAUGUAUUGGGCCGCGUGCAAGCGGUACCAGGACCACGGCACUAAGCUCUGGGGAAACGACCGCGAGGAAAUCAACCAAGACUGA